ACAAAAAAAGAAAUGCACUGGGGAGGCCAUCAAAAUCUUCAGGUGCUUCACAAGACAGCUUUGAAAGGACAGAUUUUUUUAUGGUAACGUGCCGUAAUGUUGAUCUUGGUCUCUUGAUGCGAGCGAUACUGGGGAGAGUACAAAAUGCGGUAACAGCCGUAACAGCCCACCACCACCCCUACCCUUCCCCUACCCACGGUUAUUUUGUAUUCUCCCCAGUUUCGCUCGCAUCAAGAGACCAAGAUGGCGGUCCGUCGAACUCACAAAGCAGCUAAAUACAGGAAUUGCACCACACUUAAGUGUUCUCCGGUUAGCCUAAAUAUCACUUUCGUUAGCCUAAACAGUAGUCCGUGAUAGGCCGGUUAGCCUGAGUAGCGUUUCGGUUAGCUUAAGUUAGCGCUGACUCGGGAGUGGUUAGCUCUUUAAUAGGGUGCAAUUCCUGUAUUAAUUUAGCUGCGCGUUCGAGCUCAACGAUCUACAUCUACGAUCGCAUGGAAAUGUAUAGGGGACAGUCAGUGCUCGUGACGUCACUGAUAUCGAUUGUAUUUGCAUGCAGGUGUGCUUCGGGUUUUCUCGCGAGUCAUGUUGUGCGGCAAUUGCUUGAAGCCGGAGAAUACAGGGUUCGUGGAACUGUCAGGAGUCUUGCAAAUGAGACGAAAGUGGUACCUUUGAGACGUCUGUGUCCUGAAAACGCACAAUAUGAGCUGGAACUGGUCGAAGCAGACUUGAUGAACAAGGCAUCUUGGCAAGAGGCUGUCAGAGACUGCACCUAUGUAAUUCAUGUGGCUUCCCCCUUCCCGGCCGAAAAUCCAAGAGAUGAGAUGGAGGUUAUAGGACCGGCAGUGGAAGGAACUAAAAAUGUACUUGAAGCUUGCGCCAAGACCAAGGGUGGUGUUAAAAGAGUUGUGUUGACUAGCUCUGUGGCUGCAAUUUAUGGUGGAAGAAUUGAUGAAGGAAAAGUGUUCACUGAGGAAGACUGGUCCUCAGAGGACGGGAGCACUCCUUAUGAAAAAAGCAAAGCUCGUGCUGAGAGAGCAGCAUGGGAACUAGUCAAAAACUUGCCAGAUGAUGAGAAGUUUGAACUGUGCGUAAUCUGUCCUGGAUUUAUCCUGGGACCUGUGCUUCAGGGAUCAACCUGCACUAGCAUGGAGUUUCACAGACGUCUUCUUCAACGAGAAGUGCCAAUGGUUCCAAAGGUAUGCUUUGCAAUGUGUGACGUCAGAGAUGUUGCUGGAGCACAUAUAAAGGCAUUGAUGUCACCAAAAGCUCCUGGUAACAGGUAUAUCACGACCACUGAAUCAAUGUGGGCACCUGAAAUGGCUAAAAUCUUGGAGGAAGAGUUUAAGCCACUUGGAUAUAAUGUACCAACAAGAAUUGCCCCCAAGUUUGGGCUGAGAGUGCUGGCAUUGUUUGAUGGUUCGGUGAAGAUGAUUCUGCCUGCUGUCGGCAAGGAACUCAAGACGGAUAAUUCCAAGGUCAAAGAAGAUCUGGACUACAAACCCACAGAGUUAAAGGUCACCAUAAUAGAUAUGGCCUAUAGUCUUAUUGAUGCUGGUUUCGUUAAGAAGACUGCAAGAUACCAGAAAGCAAAAGAUAACUAGGAAUUUGAGUAAUUUGGGAUCACAAUGUUAUUUUGUUUCGACUUUGUACUGGCUGGAACUGGUGCUGUGGAAGUGUAGCUCGCUCUUUCAGAAGGCGGAGUUAUUAUCGUCCCUAAAUUAAAUUUCGUCAUUCGUUAUUUUAUAAUGACUUAGUGGUUAACAGCUUAUCAGAGAGCUUAAACAAACCACAACGGCAACGGGAACAUCACCAAACAAAAGGUUUAAUGAGCAAAACAAUAGCUG